GAUAGGCAGAUAGCAAAAUGUACUUUCAAAUCUAAUUGACAUGCGUGUAAUAAAGGAUUCAUGAGUCAAACCUAUUUUAAAGAAAGGUUUUUAACACCUGUUGAAAUCAAUCAUGUCAUUAUGGAACCCAUAUAACUGGUUUCGAUCAAAAGUCUGGAGGACACACAAAGAUUUGGGUGGAAAAUUUAACGGAUGGAACACCGAGACAGAAAAUAAGCUGAAGAUUGACAUCGAGAAGACAGUGGGUGGAGAGCCAUUAAAUAUUUUGCUCGUAGGUGCUGCAAGUAACGGAAAAUCUUCUACAAUUAACUCGAUCUUCUCAAUAAUGAAUGGACGCAUAUCAUGUCGUUCUAACGCUGGUAGCCUUGGAGAGUCAUUUACCAUUAAGUAUAGGCAAAUACAAGGAAACGGACCGUUUAAAAACAUUUUCUUCUACGAUACAUCAGGUAUUGAGGAACAAAAUGGACCUACUAUCCAAGAUAUAGAAGAUGCCUUAAGUGGUGGCAAAAAACCUGGUGUAAAGGUAAAUACAAAUUUGUAUAAUUAUUAUUAAUAUUUGUUUUGGAAA